GCAGCUCAAAUUUAAAACCCAACUCAACACCAGGCGACUUGAAUUUGCUUCUUGAAACGCGCAGAAAAGUUUCAAACUUAAGAACACUUACUCUGCAGUAAGCGUGAAUGAAACUGAGAGAGAAAGGAAAAUGAAACCCGAAACAGUAUAAGACUGCUCCAUACUCCAAGCUCCACUCCAACAGCGCAUGUGCUUUACCUUGAGGAAGAACUGGAAUACGCUUGCGCACUAUGCAUUGAUUAUUGUUUCGAUAUAUUUAGUCGAAUGAUUUUAACGGCUGUAACCGAUUCAUUUUUACGUUGCUGUACGAAAAGUAACUGUCCAGUUAGCAAAUCUGUGUCAUCUUCAGUCAGGGACUCCAAAGAAAGGAAAAAAAAAACUCUUUGAGGAAGCUGUACACAGUUAAUCAUGCAAAUCACUUUGAAAACUCUGCAGCAACAAACCUUCACGAUUGAGAUUGAGCCUGAGGAAACGGUAAAAGCACUGAAAGAGAGAAUUGAAUCAGAAAAGGGGAAGGAUGCCUUUCCUGUUGCUGGUCUGAAAUUAAUAUAUGCAGGCAAAAUUCUUAAAGAUGAUACAGCACUGAAGGAAUAUGACAUCAGUGAGAAAAACUUUGUGGUGAUCAUGGUGACAAAACCUAAAGCAACAACAGGAGCAGCAGAGAAAUCCAUAGCUGAGUUGCCAGCAGCUACAUCUGCCCUAACUUCCACUACAAGUGCUACUACGGAAACUUCUACCACAGUAGCACUGACACCUGCUGCAACCACUUCUGCUCCAGAAGCGGUACAAACUAAAGAACAACCUGUGAAAUCUGCAGAAACACCUAGCACACCAGAGUCACACAGUAGUACACCACCCAGUACUGGAAGGAGCCACAUCUUCGAUGAUGCUACAGGUGCACUUGUGACAGGCCAGUCGUAUGAAAACAUGGUGUCUGAGAUUAUGUCAAUGGGUUAUGAACGGGCACAAGUAGUGGCAGCACUAAGAGCGAGUUUUAACAAUCCCGACAGAGCAGUGGAGUACCUUUUAAUGGGUAUUCCUGGAGACAGACAGAAUCGGGUUGUGGCUAAUCCUCCUCAAGCUGCCAGCACCAGGGCUUCUCAGCCUGAGGCUCCAGCUGCAGCACCUAAUCCUUCAGGAGGAAACCAACUUGAAUUUUUGCGCAAUCAGCCUCAGUUCCAGCAGAUGAGACAAAUUAUUCAGCAGAAUCCAUCAUUGUUGCCCGCUUUAUUACAGCAGAUAGGAAGGGAAAACCCACAGCUACUGCAGCAAAUUAGUCAACAUCAAGAGCAAUUCAUUCAGAUGCUGAAUGAGCCUCUUGUUCAAGAAUCCGGCAAUCGGGCAGAAGCUGGAGGGAGGCACAUGAACUACAUCCAAGUAACACCUCAGGAAAAAGAAGCUAUUGAGAGGCUGAAAGCAUUAGGCUUCCCAGAAGCACUUGUUAUACAGGCAUAUUUUGCUUGUGAUAAGAAUGAAAAUCUGGCUGCCAACUUCCUUCUACAGCAGAAUUUUGAUGAUGACUAAGAGACUUCUGUAGCACAUUAACACAGCAGUACAUUACACUAACUAUUCACCGGACUGUAACUGGUUUGGGUAUGUACCUUGGAUUUAUUGACUGCAAGGCAAACUUGAAGGCAUAUAGCAUCAUGUCCACUGUAGAACUGCAGGACUGUUGCUUGCACAUUGAGCAGAAUUCAUGCACAAAGGCUAAAAAGGGCUCCACAGGCACACACUAGAUGUGCCAGAAGGUAGUAAAUUUUGAAUUGUUUCACUCAUUUCAGCUUUUUCCAGACGAUGAUUAAGUGUAAUGCCCUGAACAAUGCAAUGCUUUAUUUCUUUGUUAGAUGCAUCAGAAAUGUAUUUGCUUUACCUGGAAUUGAAAAUUGUAUGUAUUUUAAAAGUAACACUGGACAAAUAAAACAAAGUAUGGAGCAGAAUACAUGCCAAAGUCUAAAAUAAUUUUACUGCUUCAACCAUGUUUCACACUUGUGCAGUUUCUGAUUUCAUUAAAAUUGUAACACUAAAUGGAAAAUAAAAUUCAGGGGAAUUCA